GCCACCAGGGGGCCUCAGUCCCACAGCGGGACAACCAGCUCUGGUUUUGUCUUCACCCUGAACCCUCCCACCCCAGUCAAGCUGUCCCACCCUGCCUCUUCUACCGCCUCUGUUUCUCGUCCCUACUGGCCCCCACAGGCCCACCUGGACUCCCAGUCAGCUUUCUCCCUCCAUGAGGGGCGGGGGGAGGCGGCGGGGGCCCUGGAUGUGGACCCCCAGCCUCUUCAUCUUAAUUCACCUGAGGACCUGGGACAACGACCCUGCCAUGAUGUGUCAACUUUAACAGACCUUUGUUCAGACCUGCCAGAGUUGGAGAUCGUGAGCCUCCUAUCAGAGGGUCAGCCCAACUACACUCUUCGAGCAGACAGUGUGUUUGGAUACGACAAUGACGACUGGCUGCACACCCCUCUGCUGCCACCAACAGUCGCUCUGGGGCUCACACACGAGCAGAUUGAAGAGACACUCAAGUACUUCUUGCUGUGCUCAGACAGAGUGGGCCAGGUCACCAAGACGUAUCAUGACAUCAAGGCAGUCACCCACCUGCUGGAGGAGAAAGAGCGGGAUCUCGAGUUAGCAGCGCGAAUUGGCCAAUCCCUCCUGAAGCAGAACCUCGAAUUAACCGCACGCAAUGAAAUGCUCGAUGAACAGCUUGAAAUUGCAAAGGAAGAGAUUGCUCAGCUUCGCCAUGAGCUCUCAAUGCGAGACGACCUCCUUCAGUUCUAUGCGAGCACUGAGGAGAUCGAGAACGCUGAACUGCGCUCACCAAUAAAAAGGAACGAAUCAUGCAGCUCUCUCAGCAACUUGGUCCACCACGACUUCCUGCACCAUAAACUAAAGGGCUUACAGGACGAGAACCGCAAACUGAGAUUAGAGGCCAGUGAUCUCACAACAGAGACAGCCAACUACGAGGAGCAAGAGCAGGAGCUGAUGAUGGUGUGUGUAGAAGAACUCUCAUCCGUCAAUAAGCAGGUAGUCGACCUGUCUGAGGAGCUAGCCCGAAAGGUCGAGGACUUUUUCCGACAACAAGAGGAGAUCAGCUCACUGCUCGCGCAGACUGUUGACCUGCAGGCCCGUUGCAAAGGGCUCACCAAUGAGAAUGAGGAGCUGAACCAACACCUGAAUGCCUCUCGUGAGAGCCAGCUAAAGCUUCAGUCAGAGCUCAAGGACCUGCAGGACAAGUACUCACAGUGUGAAGACAUGCUCUGCGAGGCCCGUGAGGACAUUAAGAACUUGAGGAAUAAGAGCCUGCCCAACAGCACGGUGCAACGGUACACUGCGCUGGCCUCUGUCCUCCCCAUGGACUCACUGGCAGCCGAGAUCGAGGGGACCUUCCGCAAAGGCCUGGACACACCGGCCCCCGCAGAGUACAAGAACCACCCAUGGCGUGUGUUUGAAACAGUGAAGGUGGUGAACAAGGCCGUAAAGCUGCGGUCUCUGUGCCACUCCCCAGGGCUGCCAGGCUCCAGCCCUGUGUCCAUUCGCUCCAGCUGUACCAGCACCCCCCGUACCAGCUACUAUGGCUCAGACAAUGCCAGCCUUACUCUAGAGGACAAGUCCAGCUCCAAUUGUGCUCUAAAGGAAGACAAAAGAUCUUUUCACCCAAAUGUAAGUGGGCCGAAGCGUCUGGGCCAGCCAGGCACACCAGGAGGCCAGGACCUCGAGGCAGCCUUGCGCAGCCUGUCAGCCCGCCAGCAGAACCACUCUUCUGAGCGGCCUUUCUUUGAUGUGGAGCGGGAGCGUAAACUCCAUGCCCUGGCAGCAGACUGUGAAGAGGGCGUGUGCUCCAGUGGCUUCCUGACACCAAAUGACAGUCUAGACUCCAGCCCAGCAGCAUCGACAAGCACCAACUACUCCAAUGGCAGCUCACGGCCCUCCUGUGGCUCCUCAGGAGGAUCCAGGUCCUACCUCCCUGACCGCCUACAGAUUGUCAAACCUCUGGAAGGAUCGGUGACUCUGCACCAGUGGCAGCAGUUGGCCAAACCAAACCUGGGAGGCAUCCUACAUCCACGUCCGGGCGUGCUGACUAAAGACUUCAGGGAGCUCGAGGUCGACAUACAACACGUCUACAGUCUGAAUGACCUGGAGGAGGAUGAACUGGACCUUUCGCAGCUCUCCGGAACACAUGGCAUGGUCUCUCCAUCCGGUCCCAACCUCUCUCAGACCUCUCCCACACAUCCCAUAACCACCUGCCAAGUCUAUCAACCCUCCCUUCUCAUCCCCCCCUUCUCCACUAGCCUUCGCUCUUUCGGCCUGCCAUCUUGUCGGAACUGUGAGCUCAUGAGCACUUCAUCGUCAUCCUACCAGCAUCACUUUGGGCUGGGAGGCCAGACUACCACCACCACCACCCCCCCAGAUGUAGCUGCUUCAUCACUGGGUCUCCUGCAGCUGCUGCAUGAGCGUGGCAUCUCAGCCUUCCCAUGUCCCAUCCACACCAGCCAUAGUACAAAACCUUCCCCCUCCACAGCAAAAGACAAAUGUGGAGGCUCACUAUCGCACAAUGAGGGAAGAAGGAACAUUUUCAGUUUGAACCUGGUGGAAAAGCUUCGAAGUCUGGGGUUGCACAGAGUGGCAGCCUGGGGGACGACGGGCCGCAAUUGGGAGAGAGAGACAGUCAGUCAUCCUCUGAAUAUUUGAUGAGGGCUGUUCCCCCCCUUCCUCCUCUCUCAUUCACCGUAGUGACUUUACAUCCAGCCGUGGGAUCCCCACUGGGCCGUUCAGGGCCCACAGCUCUGGUGUCUUGAAAACAAAAGCCACAGAAUUAGCUAGAGCCAGACUUUAACGUCAGUAGUGCACAGUGAUAUUCUUUUCUAUGAAUGUGUGUACAGUAGUUGUGUGUGUGUGUGUG